AUUUACGAGAAGCUUCUCGAUCAUAAAUCGUCUCAUAUAUCAGAUACAACAAUAGAGAGGGAGGGGAGAUACAGUGUUUGUGCGAGACGGAGCGAGAGAGAAGCUUGCGAUUUCGAGUUUUACAGCGCAUCGAAGGGUGAAAGAUGAGGGGUAGGAGUUACCGUUACAGUCCCUCGCCACCACCGAGGAAUUACAGAAGCAGUAGACGUCGGAGUCCGAGUCCAAGGGGUUCGUAUGGAGGCCGUAGCAGAGAUGGGCCUACUAGUCUCUUGGUUCGCAACCUUCGUCAUGAUUGUAGACCAGAAGAUCUUCGCAGACCAUUUGGCGAAUUUGGUCCUCUGAAAGAUGUUUACUUGCCUAGAGAUUAUUAUUCCGGAGAGCCUCGUGGGUUUGGUUUUGUGCAAUAUGUGCACCCUGCUGAUGCUGAAGAGGCCAAAUAUCAUAUGGAUGGUCAAGUUUUCCUAGGUCGAGAAUUGACAGUGGUAUUUGCUGAAGAAAAUAGGAAAAAACCUCAGGAAAUGAGGGCAAGGGAACGUGUCAGGGGCCGAUCAUAUGACAGAAAACCAUCCCCUCAACGUUAUAGAAGAUCUUAUUCCCGCAGUCCAGAUUAUUAUUCACCGUCACCGAGGCGUAGGGAAUAUUCAAGGUCAAUUUCGCCUCGACGUAGGAGCUAUCGAGGAAGGUCUUACUCCAGGAGUCCUCGUGGUUCUAGGAGUCGAAGCAGAACCCCUGUGAGCAGCCGCAGCUGGAGCAGGAGCAGGAGCAGAAGCAGGAGUCCCGAACCUUACUAGAGGUGAACCCCUUGGAGACAUUGGCUUCUGAAUGCCGUUGUGGUUAUUAGUGAGCUUAACUCAGAGGAAUGGGAUGGACCCUCCUAUUGUUGCAUAAAAAAGUAGUUAUUUGCAUGCAAGAUUGAUAUUUGAAAUUUGCUUUAACGGGUACUUUUGGAGCUUAACUUUAAAUAUCGGUCUGAUGCAUAUUAAGUACUUAUCUUAACUGUUAAUCUAGUAUGCAUUGUCCAGAUUAGUUAUUUGCAUGCAGAUUAAUAUUUGCAAUUUGCUUCA